AUGGAUUUCACGGUGCGAGGUAUGUCACAAACUCGUCUCAGUGCAGAUUGGGAUUUCUUGAUAAGGAUUCCCACUAGGCUUCCCCAUAGGUAUAUAUGUCUUCAAGGAGACGUUAAAGCUUCCUUGUUGUACAAGAAUGUUACCCUCGUUACCUCCUCUAGACAAAAGUACAAUGAUCUCAGAUUAUACACGCCUCAACAACUUAGGGUUACAGCUUCUCUCUCUGGAGAAGAUAUUGGCGGUUUGAAUGCAAGAAACAUGAUCGAAGAUAUCAAAGAAAGGAGGGAAGUGAAGUUCGGAUCGCAGUUGUUUCUCACGGAUUGUAGAGAAAAUUCGUCAGGAGUUAUGAGGUUUGUGUGCGAUGAAAUCACGUUACGGUUCGAGCCAGGUUCCGAUAGGGAAGCGACUGCGUUUGGAAACAACCCUAGAUGCGUCAAUGUUUGA